UCCAUUAUGACAGUGCCAGCAGAAGAACCAGGAAGUUUUGCUGUUCGGGUCAUUGAGUUAUGCUCUUCAACGAUGACAUGCAUGAAAGGCACAUAUUUGGUGCAUUUGACUUGUGUGUCUUCUAAAACAGCAAGAGAAGAUUUAGAACCAGUAGUACAGAAAUUGUUUACUCCAUAUACAGAAAUGGAAGCAGAAAAUGAACAUAUUGAAAAGCCAAGGAUUCUAUGGGCACUGUAUUUCAAUAUGAGAGAUUCAUCAGAUAUCAGCAGAGAUUGUUAUAAUGAUUUACCAUCCAACGUUUAUGUGUGCUCUGGCCCAGACUGUGAUCUAGGAAAUGAUAAUGCAGUCAAACAGGCAGAAACACUCUUCCAGCAAAUCUGCCCAAAUGAGGACUUCUGUCCAGCCCCACCAAAUCCUGAAGAUAUUGUCUUUGAUGGAGACAGUUCACAACAAGAAGCAUCAGAAUCCACUGUUAUAUCAGAGACCAACUCGGAGACUCCCAAGGGAAAUACAGACCUGGGAUACCCAGAGGAGCCCUCUAAGUAGUGGAUAUGCAUUAGACUUACUAUCCUAAUUUGAGAAUUCUUGGCUUCAUAGUCCUGAUGGAUGGAGUAUAUGAAAACUUAGAAAGCAACAACUAGUAGGCAAAAUUACAAAACGAAAUGAGUCCUAGAAAUCUAAAGGGCAAUUUUCUUCAAAGAAAGCAUUUCUGGGAAAAUAAAACACUUAUAAAGCACAUUGACUUGCCUAUUUGAAGAUAACAAACCUGUGAGAUUAGCAUUCCUGGGAAUGUAGCUAUGAUGUUAAAGGGAUCCUAUGCAUUGUAAGUAAUUAUGUGGUAUUCACAUAAAUUUGCCACAUCUGGAGAAUCAGCUCUCAUACUUAUUUUGUUUAUUUGAAUUAUAUUUUCAUUCUGGGUAUGAUAUAACAGAUAAGAGCAUAUGUAAAUACAAUAGAGUAAAGCUAAACUAUCAUAAUCUGGCCAGAAGCCUAUAUUUGGAGUAAAAGUUGGUUUUAUUUUAUAUGUUAAAAACUGAAAAUGUUAAUACUAAGGUGUUUAGAUGAUUUGCUAAUCAUGAUUUGUUAGUAAGUAGUGACUUUGGUGUAAUAUUAUACACACUGGCUAAAGUUUAAAGAUGAAACGUAAGAAUAGAAGCAUACAUUUGGAUAAGAUCAGUGAUCCUUCAUGAUUCUACUAAGUCAGAGUAACGGAAGCACUAACCUUGUUCA